CAAGACAUCCCUACGGCACGAGUACAAACUCCCGUAUCUCAGUUGAAACAGCAUCAUCACAUGUAUUGUGAUCUUAGUGCGAAGAUUACGGUAGUAAUACAACACAUGCAACAACCAUUUGUAUAGGUUUGGUUGAAUUCUAGUACGAUAGAAAUUGAUUGAUAAUUAGAGAAGAAUAACAGGAUGGACCAGUUGAUUCCAAUAGUUUCGAAACUCCAAGAUGUCUUGGGUGCUGUUGGUCAGAAUACCCAACUAGAUCUCCCUCAAAUCGUCGUGGUACGUUUUUAUCUUGCGUACGGUUUGCAUUGCUUAAGUGAGACUUGUUGUUGCAAAUCUACGAUCGACUCGAUGCGGCGGAUUACACAAACAACCGUGACUUCCAGAAUGGGGCAUGGCAUAACACGUGCAGCAAGAGCCCUCAUUCCUUUCUUUUCGAAUCCGAUUUCAAAAAAAUGUGUGAAUAGGUCGGCGGUCAAUCUUCAGGAAAGUCUAGUGUAUUGGAAGGCAUCGUCGGACGAAGUUUCCUUCCCCGAGGAACCGGUAUCGUUACCCGUCGACCUCUAAUUUUAACCCUAGUGAACACCCGAACGCCCGGCAGCGAGCAACCUGAGGAUGAAAAUCGUGAUCCAAAUUCGAAUGAAGACGGCGAGGGUGUGGAAUGGGGAGAAUUCGUCCAUUGCCCCGGGCGUAGAUUCCAUUCCUUUCAGCAAAUCCGGCAAGAAAUUGUUCGCGAAACCGACCGACUGACGGGCAGCAACAAGGGUAUUUCCAGCGACCCUAUCAGUCUCAAAAUCUUCUCCCCGUACGUCUUGGCCUUGACACUCGUAGAUUUGCCGGGCAUCACAAAGGUUCCCGUUGGCGAUCAGCCUGAGAAUAUCGAAGAACAAAUCCAAGAAAUGAUUUUGGAAUUUAUCAGCAACCCAAACGCAAUCAUCUUGGCUGUCACGGCCGCUAACACAGAUGUGGCCAAUAGUGACGCACUGCAAAUGGCAAAGGCAGUCGAUCCGUAUGGCAAUCGAACCAUCGGUGUCCUCACGAAAUUGGAUUUGAUGGAUCCCGGAACGGAUGCCGCGGAUGUAUUGUUGAAUCGCGUUUAUGCACUGCGAAGGGGAUAUAUUGCUACCGUCAACCGAGGUCAAAAGGACAUUAAUGAAGAUUUGAGCAUUCGCUCGGGACUCCAAAAGGAAGAGGAGUUCUUCAACAACCACCCUGUGUAUUCUACCGAUCGAAACCUACGUGGAAAAUGCGGAACAAAAAUUCUGGCGAAGAGCCUCAACAACAUUUUGAUGCACCACAUUCGAGACGUCUUGCCGGAGUUGAAAAACCGAAUCACAAUCAUGAUGGCAGAUGUGCAGCAAGAACUCGAUGCAUUGGGUGGGCCUGGCCAACAAUCUAGAAACACCCUAGGUGGAACCCUACUAGGAUUGCUCAGUAAGUUUGCAAGCAACUUCGCCUCCAUCAUCGAUGGUAAAGGAGGAGAACUGGGAAGUUCUGAAGCAAAUACGAAAAAUUUGGCACUUGUCGAGCUGUUCGGUGGUGCCCGUAUUAAUUAUAUUUUCAAUGACAUCUUUGCUACGAGUCUCAUGACUGCUGGUCCUUUUGACGGAUUAUCCGACGAGGAGGUUCGCACUACUAUUACAAAUGCUAUGGGUACACGCCGGGCUCUGUUCGUUCCCGAAAUUGCUUUCGAUAUUUUGAUCAGACGACAAAUCGCUCGAUUGGAGUCACCUGGUAUUGAGUGUGUGGACUUGGUCUACGAAGAAUUGCAACGCAUUGCAGCGCAGUCGGAACCGAAGGAAUUGACUCGAUUCCCUUUUUUGAGAGAGCGAUUGUGUGAUACUKUGUCGACUCUGUUGAAACGAUGCAUGGCUCCGACCCAAAUGAUGGUUGAAAAUCUGGUCAAGGUUGAAUUGGCGGUGAGUUUCAAUAGAUGCUUUUGAAAUACGGAGAAAGUCAUGCCAGUUCCUUGUCAUUCAUUUUCUCGUGGUCACUGAUUCAUUUCAUUUUGUUCAUUUAUUUGGCAGUACAUCAAUACCAGCCAUCCUGAUUUCAUUGGCGGAGCAAGGGCCGUAGCUUCUGUCACAAAUCGUGCUGCAAAUAUGGAGCCGAUGAGAAAUCAAGAACUCCAUAUUCAUACAGGAUCAACCGGGGUCCCAGAAACACCUGCCUCUCAAGCAGAUUCGCAGUAUUUCAAUGCCGAUGCAAGCAAUGGAGGAGAGCAAACACCGUACCAUGAUAAAGAUGGUGGUAUAAUGAAUUUUAUUUUCCGAGGGAAGCCGACUCCAAUUGCUGACGGUAGAUCUCAUUCUGGAUCACUACCCGCUGUCGUUCACCUCCCAUCGGUUCCGGCGAAUAUGAAACAGACCGAUAUUCCGCCUUCGGAUCGUGAACUUUCUGAAAUGCAUGUGAUCAAGUCUCUAAUUGAAUCAUACUUUAAGGUUGUUCGAAAGACCUUCAUUGAUAUGGUUCCAAAGACAAUCAUGUUCUUUUUGGUAAACCAUGUCAAAGAUGCAAUGCAGAAUGAAUUAGUAUCGGAACUCUACCGGGAAUCAGAGGUCGAAACUCUGAUGAAAGAAGCUGAUGAUGUCGCAGAAAGACGUGAACAGAGCGAAGAAAUGAGAGAUCUAUUAGGAAAGGCGCUUGAAAUCGUCAACGAAGCUCGAGAUUUCAAUACAAUAAGCCAAGUGGAGUGAUUCACAUUUCUAGUGGUAUUAGAACUCAAAGUUGAAAAAAAAUCUGCCUUGAGGUAGACUUUGUUGUCGUUUAAAAUUCUGGAACCAGGGGAAAUGACGAAUGGAUUAAAAAAAUUCUUGAUAU